AUGAGGCCUAUUCGCGUCGAUGAGAGGCCAAAAGAGAACAUAUUCAUAUUCUAUGAUUUUGAAACGCAGCAGUGUACCCCUGUAAAAGGUGAUCCUACAACGCGCGUUCACGAACCGAAUCUUUGCGUAGCUCAACGUGUCUGCACCAAGUGCUGCGAUAAUGCUUCUAUAGACGAGCCGUGCGAGCAUUGCGGGGAUCACGAGUUUAUAUUUAGGACGAACCCUGUGUGUCAACUUAUGGAGUUAGCCAUACAGAGUAUGCCGAACUUCUCUCACAUAUUUUUAAUAGCCCAUAACGCCGGUGGUUUCGACGCCCAGUUUAUCCUGCGCUACUUCAUCGAGGAGAAAAAAACGCAGCUCCCGUCUUUAAUAAUGAACGGCACUAAAAUCAUCACAAUGCGCGUUGGCAAACUCGUGUUUCUCGACAGCUUGAACUACUUUCACAUGCCUCUGAGUGCACUGCCUAAAUCUUUCGGUCUAAAAACUGCUCUCGCCAAAGGAUCUUUUCCGCAUCUGUUCAAUAGACCCGAGAAUCAAAAUUAUAUUGGGCCGAUGCCGCCCGCAGCCGAUUACUCUCCCGACACUAUGCGCCCGGAGGAACGCGAGCGUUUUUUUGCAUGGUAUAACGAGUUAAAGAAUGCCUCUUAUGUAUUUAACUUUUCAAACGAGCUCAUAACCUAUUGUAAAAACGACGUUACGAUAUUGAGACAGGCCUGUGUGGUUUUCCGGAAAAUGUUCAAGGACAGCGGACGCGUUUGCCCGUUUAGCGAAAACACAACAAUCGCGUCCGCCUGCUUUCAAAUCUUUCGAAAAAAUUUUUUAAAACCUAACACGACGGGAAUUAUACCUACGGGUGGUUACAGAUGGGCUCACAAUCAGUCAAAAAAAGCGAUCUCUUGGCUCGUGUGGAUGGAGCAUUCUUUAAAUCGUCGUAUCAUUCAAGCAGGACGCUCGCGCGAGUUUAAAUUGCCUCAAAAUUUAUUAGUAGACGGUUACUACGAAACACCUGAUUCAGCCCACGUGUUACAGUUUCACGGUUGCUAUUGGCACGGGUGUUUGAGCUGUUUCACUGUAAACAGAGACCGUGUACAAAGCGACGGUGAUACACUGAACGAGCGUCUCGAGAGAACAAACGCUAUAUCGCAGAGAAUUCGCUCAAGCGGCUACACGUUAACCGAGAUUUGGGAGUGCGCGUAUGACCGGAUGAUAAAAACAGAUUUAGAGAUGAGCGCUUUUGUGAGUGAUCACCCUCUGGUUCGAGCGGAGCCUCUCAAUCCGCGCGAUGCUUUUUUCGGUGGUCGCACGGAAAACAUGGUCACUCUGUAUGACGUGAAAGACGGGGAGCAGAUACGAUAUGUUGACGUUUGCUCUUUGUACCCAUACAUCUGCAAGUACGGCAAAUAUCCGGUGGGCCAUCCAACGGUAUACGUCGGCGACGAGUGCAGGGAGCUGACAGGUCCCGAAAAUAAUAUCAGUCUUUCCCGCGUCGAGGGCCUUGUUAAAUGUACAGUGCUUCCACCGCAAAAUCUUUAUCAUCCGGUGCUGCCGGUGCGAAUGCAUCAGCGCCUGUUAUUCGGGUUAUGUCGUAGCUGCUGCGAAACAAUGAACCAGGACGCGUGUCCUCAUGAAGACCCCGCGGAGCGUGUGUUUAGCGGUACUUGGGUAGUGGAUGAAUUGCGAAAAGCUAUUGCGUGCGGGUAUAAAAUAUUAACCGUGAGCGAGAUUUGGCAGUAUAAGAUAACGCAGUACAACCGCGAUACACAGAAGGGGGGCCUUUUCACCGGGUACAUAAACACUUUUCUUAAAAUCAAACAAGAGGCUAGCGGUUGGCCCGAGGGUUAUGCAGAUGACGAGGCUGCCCAAGAUCGUUAUAUAACUGCUUUUAAGACAGCCGAAGGGGUUCAGCUGGAGCGGGGUGCGGUAGCGAAAAACCCGGGGCUGCGCUCGGUAGCCAAACUUUGUCUUAACUCCUUUUGGGGUAAAUUUGGACAACGCGAAAAUUUACCACAAACAGAAAUAGUGUCGACACGCGAAAAACUUAUGGAGCUGCUAAAUAGCCCCGAGCACGAGAUCACUGGUAUGCUACCUGUUAACAACCAGGUGCUGUAUGUUAAUUAUACGAAAACCGAUGAUGCUGUAAUACCGUCUAAUAUAGCAAAUACUGUCAUAGCUGCAUACACCACAGCCCAAGCCCGUUUAAAACUUUACACCUAUCUCGAACCGCUGGGUAAGCGUGCUCUGUACUGCGACACCGAUUCCGUUAUUUAUGUCACGAGAAAAGAGCCUGGAGAGUAUGAACCGCCAACGGGUCAAUUGCUAGGGGAUUUAACCGACGAGCUAAGCUCUUACGGCGAGGGCAGUUACAUUAAGUCUAUCAUCUCAGGCGGCCCUAAAUUUUAUUCUUUCAUAGUUAAUACGCCGAGCGGCGCGGAAAGCGAGGUUUGCAAGGUUAAAGGCAUAACGCUGAAUUACGCAAACAGCUCGCUGAUAAAUUACGAAUCAAUACGGUCAUUUAUAAUAGGUGAGAGAGAAAAUCCUGUUGUACUACAGUUUGAUUCAAUACGUCGUACACCGUUCCACCAGGUUGUCACACGACCCGAAAAGAAAUCGUGCAUGCCUCUGAGCGUCAAGCGAAGACGUGAUGGCGAAUACGGCUCGCUCCCUUACGGCUACAAAUAA